UUUCUUGUUCCUAUCUCCCAUUAAUUUUCCUGUCAAGCCUCGCUCUCGCUCUCUCCCCAAAGUUGAUAAAAAUUCAAACUUUUAUGCAGGCAUCGCCUGUGUCAAGCUAGCAUUGGAUCUUCUUCCUGAAAAAGCGCCAACCUUUUCCCUGAAAAUCCUGCAUCUUCACUCACCCAACAAUAAAGGGACGGAAAUGGAGCUUGUUCCUUACAAGGACCCGAAUUCAGAACCCGAACCCAACUCCUCCGGCUCCCUCCCCUGGGAAGACAUGUUCCGAUCGGCCUCCAUCCGCAAGCCAGCCCCGCCCCCCGAGGCCCACGCGCCGCCCGCCCAGUCCCACGCGACGCCUCCUCCCCCUGCUCCCUCCUCCGGCGACCCGGGUCACAAGAACUCGCUCUCCGACGAUCCCCAGGUAAAGCUCGCCCUCUACAUAGCCAUGGCCCACUUCGGCCUUGCAUUCACUGUCUUCGUUCUCUAUGGCACAUGCAAGCUGUUGCAAGAGUAUCUGAGGCCAAUUCAGUGGGCCAUUCUGUGCUCUAUCCCUUUGAGAGGUAUACAAGAGACCCUUGUCGCAUUUUGGUCCGAGCCUCUCGAAUUAGGCCUCACUGAGACUGUGCUUGCUGUCCCUGUCGCCAUCUUUAGGGUUUUCAUAGGCACCGUUGUGGAUAUUAAGGAAGUUUGUUACAGGGUUUUCCUUAAGAAGCCAAAAUCCGACCGGUUACGGCGGAAGAGGAGUGGGUUCUCGAAGUUGCUUCGGUGGCUAGUGUCAUUUGGGGUCUUCAUAUUUGCCUAUGAGAGGAUCGGCGCUGGCGGGUCGGUAGCUAUUCUUGUGUUAGGCUUCUUGUUUAGCUCAAAGAAUGUGGACGCCACGAUGUCUGCUGUGUCAUCGUUUAGGAGUAGCAGUUUCCGCCGCAGUGCAAUGAGCGCGUUUUUCACUAGGGGCAUAUUGAAGAGGUUGAAGACCAUCAUAGCGAUUGGACUGAUUGUCGGCAUGAUCAUCGGAUUUUUGGCUGGAGUGAUGUUCUUCUCUUAUAAAAUUGGUCUGGAAGGGAAGGAUGCAGUAAUUUCAUUGAAGUCUCAUGUGGAAGAGAGUAAUUAUGCUGAGAAGAUCGGCAUGAAGCAGUGGAUGGAUGAGAAUGACGUGCCUGGGAUGGUCGAUAAAUAUACUACCAUGUUCUAUGCAGCUGUGUCGGACCAGAUAGAUAGCUUGGCAAUGCAAUACAACAUGACUGAGCUUGUCACGGGGAUUAAGCACUUUGUGAUUAGUCCAUCAGCUGGCCCUUCGGAGGAGUCCACAUCUCUAAUGGCCCCAUCUCCAUACACUGAGAAAUUUCUUAGUAUCCGCCAACAGUUUAGUAAACGUGAGUGGGGACAGAUAUAUACUGAAGUAGAUGCCCUACUAAGGGAAUUGAUAAUCACAAGAGAAGAUUUAGUUGAGAAGGCAAAGGGCUUAGCUGUUCAAGGAAAGGAUGUUCUGCAAAGUGUUUUUGCAAGUAGUGCUUCAGUCGUAGGAGGCGGGACAAAAUUCGUGGUCUCUGUUGGGAACUCCAUCAUCUAUGGAGCAGCCGAGGUCUUCAAUUUCGUGUCUCAAACAGUAGUGUUCUUCUCGGUUUUGUAUUACCUCAUUACGGCAGAAUCUGGAGGGGUUACAGAGCAAGUGAUGGGUAUGCUUCCAAUGCCAAAUUGGGCGAGGGUUAGGUGUGUCGAAGUUCUGGAUAAAGCUAUAUCAGGUGUCCUUCUGGCAACGGCUGAGAUUGCUUUCUUUCAAGGAUGUCUCACCUGGCUUUUGUUUAGGCUGUAUAAGAUCCAUUUCUUGUAUGGAUGCACUGUUCUUGCAUUUGUUAGCGCUCUAUUGCCCAUCUUCCCAUCUUGGUUUGCAACAGUUCCUGCAGCAUUACAAUUGAUCCUUCAAGGAAGAUACAUACUGGCGAUCACAAUGUCCAUUAUUCAUCUUGUGCUCCUAGAAUAUGGUGCAUCUGAGAUUCAGGAGGAUAUACCUGGUCAUAGUGCAUAUCUCACGGGGCUUAGCAUUAUUGGUGGAAUGACAUUGUUCCCUUCAGCAUUUGAGGGUGCUAUCAUGGGCCCUCUCAUAACCACUGUCGUGAUUGCUCUGAAGGAUUUGUAUGCCGAAUUUGUUCUAGAUGAACCAAAGGAAAAGCAUGACUAGAGUACCUGAUCCAACUCUCUGCGAUGCUUGAAUUUUUGUUUGCAAUCACGUAGGUAGCCUCUUUAUCGAGUUUGAGCUAAUAGGAAAGGAUAUACUGCAUCUAGAAGUCAAUUCUAUCAGUAUGGUUUAUUUAUUGUCAUUUGUUUGUGAGUUGUAAUUGAUGGGCGAUCCGUCUUGAGGUGAAGCUUGUUUUUCUUCUUUUAGAUGGUUCUCUGUAUUGAUUUUUUGUUCAUAGCUUGUUGUCACUUGUAACGUGAUUGUACAUUACUCUGUAUCCAUUAUUGAGAGAUCAUUAUGCUAAUAUUGGAAAUAGGAGGUAUAUGUAGUUCUCUGUGGUUUU